GCUGGGGCAGGGCUAUUUAAGCCGAGGUCCAGGGCUGCUGGCAAGCCCAGCAGCUGACCGUCAACUGCAAGCAUGGAUGACAUCUACAAGGCCGCGGUAGAACAGCUGACAGAAGAGCAGAAAAAUGAGUUCAAGGCCGCCUUUGACAUCUUUGUGCUGGGUGCUGAGGAUGGCUGCAUCAGCACCAAGGAGCUGGGCAAGGUGAUGAGGAUGCUGGGCCAGAAUCCCACGCCUGAGGAGCUGCAGGAGAUGAUUGACGAGGUGGACGAGGAUGGCAGUGGCACGGUAGACUUCGAUGAGUUCCUGGUCAUGAUGGUCAGGUGCAUGAAGGAUGACAGCAAAGGAAAAUCCGAGGAAGAGCUGUCUGACCUCUUCCGCAUGUUUGACAAAAACGCCGAUGGCUACAUUGACCUGGAUGAGCUGAAGAUCAUGCUGCAGGCCACGGGCGAGACCAUCACGGAAGAUGACAUUGAGGAGCUCAUGAAGGAUGGCGACAAGAACAACGAUGGCCGCAUCGACUACGAUGAGUUCCUGGAAUUCAUGAAAGGUGUGGAAUAGACCAGAGCUGCAUCUAGGACUGUCCGUGCCCAUGCCAGCUCCAGCCAGGCCUGAAGGUGGCCUUGGGGUGGGGCCCCUGUCCCUGGAAUCCCAUCCAGUGGUGUGAAUAAAACCUUUU